UAAAUUCAGCAAUGUAAACACACGACCUCCAAGACGAAAAUGAUGAGAAAAGCCUUUCCUAGUUUAUCCUCGUUUUCAUCACGACAACUAAAGCUUUAUAUUCGACGCUUAUAUCAUGCUGAAAUUUCCUCACCAAUAGGAACACAAGCAGAAAGAGAAUCUCCAGAGUUCAAGGAGAAUUAUGACCGCAUGCUGUCAUUGGUUAAAGAUUUACAAUCUACAGUUUCUACUGUGAUACAGGGAGGAGGUCCAAAAGCAAUUGAUCGUCAUUUAUCAAGAGGGAAGUUAUUACCUAGAGACAGAAUCAAUGGACUAUUAGACCCAGAAUCACCAUUUCUAGAAUUAAGUCAGUUAGCAGGAUACCAGUUGUACGGAAAGGAAGAGGUACCAGCAGGAGGAAUCAUAACAGGCAUAGGAAGGGUUUCAGGUGUAGAAUGUAUGAUUGUUGCCAAUGAUCCAACAGUAAAAGGAGGAUCAUAUUAUCCUAUAACUGUAACAAAACAUCUUAGGGCACAAGAAAUAGCCCAACAGAAUCAUCUCCCUUGUAUUUAUUUAGUUGACUCUGGAGGUGCAAACCUGCCACGACAGGCAGAUGUUUUCCCAAACAGAGACCAUUUUGGUCGAAUAUUUUUUAACCAAGCUAAUAUGUCUGCCAAAGGUAUACCUCAGGUAGCUGUUGUUUUGGGAAGUUGCACUGCAGGAGGCGCAUAUGUUCCCGCAAUGGCUGACGAAAGUGUGAUUGUCCGGAAGAAAGGAACUAUAUUUUUGGCUGGUCCCCCAUUGGUAAAAGCUGCCACAGGUGAAGAUGUACCAGCUGAAGAGUUAGGAGGGGCUGACCUCCAUUGUAGUAAGUCUGGGGUAACAGAUUAUUACGCACAAGAUGAUGAACAUGCUUUACAUAUAGCAAGAAGAAUUAUAAAAAAUAUAAACUAUCGUAAAGAUCCUAAGGUAACCAUAGAAACACCAGAUGAACCUAUAUACCCCGCAGACGAUUUAUAUGGAAUUGUGGGGGCUAAUUUAAAAAAGACAUUUGAUGUUCGGGAGGUAAUUGCCAGAAUAGUUGAUGGUAGUAGAUUUGAUGAAUUUAAAACAAUGUAUGGUGAAACUCUAGUCACAGGAUUUGCUAGAUUAUGGGGAUAUCCAGUGGGCAUUUUAGGAAAUAAUGGUGUUUUAUUUUCUGAAUCGGCAUUAAAGGGAACACAUUUUAUAGAAUUAUGCUGUCAAAGAAAUAUACCAUUAAUAUUUUUACAAAACAUUACGGGUUUCAUGGUUGGGAGAGAGGCAGAAGCCGGAGGUAUAGCAAAACAUGGUGCUAAAAUGGUGACCGCAGUUGCAUGUGCCAAAGUUCCUAAAUUUACUGUCAUUAUAGGCGGGUCCUAUGGUGCUGGCAAUUAUGGCAUGUGUGGCAGAUCAUAUAGUCCACGUUUCUUAUAUAUGUGGCCAAACUCAAGAAUAUCUGUAAUGGGAGGUGAACAAGCUGCUAAUGUUUUGGCACAAAUAACAAGAGAACAAAGACUCAGGGAAGGAAAAGAGUGGACAGCAGAAGAAGAAGAGGCAUUAAAAGUUCCUGUGAUAAAGAAAUAUGAAUUGGAAGGUCAUCCGUAUUUCUCUAGUGCUAGGUUAUGGGAUGAUGGAGUUAUUGACCCAGCUGAUACGAGGACAGUUCUAGGACUUAGUAUAUCUGCUUCAUUGAAUGCUCCACAAGAAAAGACUAGAUUUGGUGUAUUCAGAAUGUGAUCAAAUAACUAUUUAGGAUUUAUAUAAUACAAUGUUUUGAGUACUUGUGAUAAUGUAUUGAAUCUUUGGCAGCUGCAUUGUAAAGAUGUAUAAAAAGUUUCAACAUGUUUGGAGGAUAUGAGGAAUGUGUUGCUUUACAUAUUCUCAUUUUCAAUGUGAUACAAUCAUGAUAAUAAAUUUAGAAUUUGGAUUGAAGAAUAAAAUAAGCAUGAAUUAAUCUUUGGACCACCAAAGAUUUAAUGGUUUUAAAUGUCAGACUUGCAGAUUUGGUAGUUCAUUAAUACUCAUUAAAAGAAAAGUAAUCAUUAUAAUACUGUUGUCGAAAUAUACUGUGAUUAAAAAUUCCAUUGAUA